AUGGACGAAAUUCUACUUACCCGAUUAUCCACGUUUGUUAACAAUAUAGAGAAACUGACCAUUGACGCCAAGUUACUAUGCACGCAAAUACCAUGGGACAAAACCAAGUCGGAACAGAGUGCCAUCACUUCAGCUAAAUUACAUACCGUAAUAAACCGGUUCAAUACUGACCUUUAUCAGUAUUUCAAAUUAGUUAAAGAACCAAGUGCAGAUGAUAUUUCCAAGUUAACUACCUCACAGCUUGAAGGGGAAGAAGCAUUAGCAGAAUUAAAUACCCUCAUUCAACAGUUUAACAAACAGACACCUAACGAACAACAGAAUGGACAACAUUUCAAUAAGCGAAGCAAAUUACCUGAACUAACUCUCCAUAAAUUUAAAGGAACAGUACUUGACUGGUACCCCUUCUGGGACCAGUUUCAGUCCAGCAUUGGUCAGCGGGAUCUAUGUGAUGUUGAUAAACUACUCUAUUUAAAAGCCUCUUUAGAAGGGGAACCUAAAAAUUUAAUAGAUGGUCUGGAGACAACCAACCUCAGUUAUCAAAUUGCCGUUGAUGUACUUAGGAAUAGGUAUGGAAAACCCGAACAGAUAAUAGAUAGGCAUUAUGCCACCUUAUAUAAGAUAAAAAGGGCAACUAAGUUCGAAGAAUGCCGUAGGACUUUAGACGAAAUUGAAAGACAUCUUAGAGUUUUGCAUUCGCUGGGGGAGAAUAUUGAUCAUCACCAUUUAAGGUUUAUCAUUACUGAAAAGUUUCCAGAGGAUGUAAUAUACGAGGUAAAACUUAAGAGCAAAUCUGAAUCCAUACAGGAGCUCAGAACACAGCUGGACAUUAUUAUUAACGCGAGAGAAGAAGCAAAGGGUCAUAGGGAAUUCAACACAACGGAGGAAGUGCCAUUUAGCACCGAAGUUCUACAUACCAGAGAUGAGAGAAAAGUAAAGACAGUCAAGAAGAAUAAAUUCUCUCAUACUAAUAGAAGGUUCUUAAAACCUAAAGUUAGCAUGACCACCUUUACUAAUACCUUUGUAAACCGUAAGAGACCCUAUGAUACCAAACAGGAAAAUAUAGACUAUCAACCUGAACAGAAAAUGAAGAAAUUAUCUUGUAUAUUCUGUGGAGGAGGCCACUUUAAUGAUCGCUGUCCUACUUAUAAGACAUUAGUAAAUCGUAAAAGAAAAUUAACAAAUACUUGCUUUAUCUGUCUUAGGAUAGGACAUAAAGCUAUGGAUUGUCGUCGACAGAUUAAAUGCGCUCACUGCAAUGCCGUAGGAACACAUAACAGAGCCUUGUGCCCAAAGUUACUACCUUCAGACAGUAAAAUAAAACCUGUCAACACCCUACAUGUACAUGGAGAAGGAACCACUGUUUUACAAACAGCUGUAAUAUCAGCCAUAGGAAGAAAUGGAAUUGUUAAGAAAUGUCGCUUAUUGAUGGACAGUGGUUCCCAAAGAAGUUACGUGACACAAAGGAUAGAAAAGGAAUUAAAUUUGAGCACAGAGGAAGAAAAUCACCUAUUUGUUUUCACAUUUGGAACUGAACAACCAAAAGAAAUUAAAAGUAAUCUUGUUAGAAUUUGUUUGAAGACCAAAGAAGAUAAAUUAAAAUUAUUAUAUGCUAAUGUAGUACCAGUCAUCACUCAAGGGGUAUCAUGUCCCAAGGAAGAACUACUUAGAUAUGUGAACGAUUAUGAUAAAAAUCUCAUUCUAGCAGACGACAAUUCGUUAUCAGACCGUAUUGACAUACUUAUAGGGAACGAUUAUUAUUAUUCUUUUAUGAAUACUAAGAAAAUUGAACUUCAAGAAAAUUUAUAUCUGGUCGAGUCAGAGUUCGGCUGGAUCUUAUCAGGGAAACCUGAUCAUGUAACUGAAAAUGACCUGACGGUUUUGACCUACUUUCAGACUUCUUGUGAGAAUAAAUUAACAAAUCCUGACCCUCCUCUAGAUGUAGGAAAUGUAAAGGUUUUAUGGGAACUCGAAUCCAUUGGUAUCACAGAUGCUCCUAAUACCGACAGAGAUGAAGAAGCUAUUAAGAAAUUCAACGAAACCACCACCAUUAUGGACAACCGUUAUGUAGUUAGUUGGCCAUGGAACGAAUACCCUCCAAAGUUACCUACAAAUUUCGGUUUAGCCUAUGGUCGCCUAGUGAGUCUAGUGAAAAGGCUAGAAAGAGACGCACUACUCCUUUACGAACGAACCUUACAAGACCAAUUGGACAAAGAGAUUAUAGAGGUCGUUCCAAAUGACAGACAGGUAGACCAUCCAGUGCAUUUCUUGGCUCACCAUGGGAUUUCAUCUAGUGAAAAGGCUAUGAGAAUUGUAUAUGACGCGUCUGCGAAGGGAAAAGAAAGUAAAAGCCUGAAUGAGUGUUUAUAUCGAGGUCCUAUAAUGCUAGAAGAUCUCACUGGACUCUUGAUCAAGUUCAGAUGUCACCAAAUAGCUUUAACAGCUGACGUAGAAAAGGCUUUCUUACAAAUUGGACUAAAUGAAAACGACAGGGACGUGACUAGAUUUUUAUGGUUGAAGGACAUCAACAAACCGGUUUCUAUGGAUAAUUUAAUUGCAUAUAGGUUCACACGAGUACCAUUUGGUAUCAUUUCUUCGCCUUAUUUGCUCAACGCUACAAUAAAACACCAUCUAUCCAGAUCCACAUCCGAACAGAUCAAGAAUCUAGCCAACGACAUAUAUGUAGAUAAUUUGUUAACGGGAGUAAACAACAUCAAAGAAGCCACUCAACUAUAUAAUGAUUGUAAAACGACAUUUAAGCAAAUCUCCAUGAAUAUACGGGAAUGGAAUUCAAACUGUAAAGAAUUAGGAAAGGCCAUACCAGAAAUAAACAACAAAGGAACAGUAAAAACAUUGGGAUUGGACUGGAACUUGUGUGAAGAUACACUUAAAUUAAGAACAAAACCAGCAAACAAUACUUUUACCAAAAGAGGAAUACUGAAAGCCAUAGCUUCUAUUUAUGAUCCGUGUGGAAGUGAUAAAGGAAGGAAACUUACCCAUACAAUGGAAAUUUAUACCUCAGCUUGCACCCCUGGCACGGAGGCGUUUACGAAAGACUGGUGGCUGUGGUAA